AUGUCUACCACCAGUGAACAGUCCAACGCUGUCCCCAAUGCAUCCGUGACCGAUGUUGCAGCCACUUUCCCCGUAUCGAGCGUCCCACAGAAUCCACUAGGCCAGGGGAAGUACAUCAAGACAGCCGCCGCUCUUAUCAUCGGGGAUGAAAUAUUGAAUGGGAAGACCAUGGACACGAACACGAAUUUCUUUGCCAAGUACUGUUUUGAACAGGGCAUUGACUUGCGACGUGUGGAGGUGAUACCCGACGAGGAAGAUGAUAUUAUCGAAGCAAGUAGGCGUAUGGUUGGGAAAUAUGACUUCGUGAUCACGAGUGGCGGUAUUGGUCCUACACACGAUGACAUCACCUACCAGUCCCUCGCGAAAGCGUUCAAUCAACCUCUGGAACAUCACAAAGAAACGCUACAUCGCAUGCUCGAGAUGAGUAGGCACCGGCCGUGGAUUUCUACACAGACCGAGGAACAGAAGGCUGCCAGAGAACGGAUGGCUCUCUUCCCUUCUCAAGCGGAGGUUCUGUUUGUCGCACAAGAUAUCUGGGUGCCUGUAGUGCGACUGGAAGGGAGGUUGUGCGUUUUCCCCGGCAUACCGAAGCUUUUCCAGAGGAUGCUCAGCGGUCUGACACCUUAUCUCCCGCUUCCACCUCCCGAGGAACGGCCAUAUCGGCAACAGAUAUUCACAUCUUUACCAGAAUCCUCGAUUGCACCCUUCCUUACGUCUCUACACGGACGCGUCAAACCUGAAGGCAUUCGUGUUGGAAGCUAUCCGCUGCUUAAGAAGGGUGUAUAUGUUUCCCUCAUCGGACGGGACGCUCAACGCAUUCGCGAGCUCGCGGGUGAAGUUGAGUCUGAGCUCCAGGGUCGCAUCGUCAGCGAUGAGGAAGUGCUGGAGGCGAAACAAGGUAAAGAUAGUCAAUAG